AUGUUCACAGCUGUGUUGCUCAUAGCUGGUUCGGCCUCUGGUGCUCAGGUGCAUUUGAGCUCAACCUCCCAAGGAGGCGAACCUGCUUACACCAACAACCCAGUGUGCAUAAAGAACAAGUGUGUCAAUCCAUUGACUCCUGGUCUAUACGACUUGCCUCGCCUCUCUGGUCUAGUGUGGCAAUGCUCUCAGCCUGGGGAAGUGCAAAAGUAUUUGCAAUUCUGCAAGGCGGCAGUUGACUACGAUCCUGCAAUUCCGUCACCUGCAAAUUCCAGCGUGGCACUGGACACAAUUACUCGAGCUCAAGAUGAAGCAGCAUCAACGACGUUCGUGUAUCACCUUAGUGGACUUGGUUAUGAGGCAUGGGACUUCAAGGAGCAGGAAAGAAUAGAUGAUGAACCUUGCGUCUCUCGCAUCUACGAGCUGGUUUGCAUGACAUACUUCCCUCGAAACCAGGGAAGCUGCAAGGCUGGAUCACAGAUACCAUACCUGAAGCCUUGCAGAACCUCUUGCGAGAAGUAUUUAGAUGCAUGCAAUGUUGAGUGCUGUGAUGACAGUGCACGGUGUGUAUUCGAGCUAUCUGCUGAAGCGGGAGGAGAGGUGAGCAAAGUUCAUGGAUAUGCGGACUUUGAAGCUCCUUCUGCUUUCUGCACUGGCCACAGUGGAUCUAGCAGAAGUGGUGCCCCGGUAACCCUACUGCUAGCACUUUUUGGCUUGCAGGUUGGACUAGGCUUGGACAACACGGAGAACAAUGGCAGCCGCUCCCGCUCUAGAGGUCUUGUGGAGUUCGGCUUACUCAUGUCGCUGCUUGUUUGUGCGGCAUCCCUGCAGGGCUGCAGCCUUGAAAUUCCAACGCAUGACCGAGCCAAUUGGAGCAGGCAGCCUAACUAUCUCAUCAAGUAUGAGCAUGUUGGCCCUGGACAGCCUUCAUCUGCAGCGAUCCUGAACUCUUGCAGUGUGGGGGCCUCAACCCGACAAGUCUGCUCCGGGCAUGGUCAGUGUGUUCCGUGGAUGAAGACUCCGCUGUCGCUGGCGAAGCCUGGAGAUGCUGUUGCCAACAUGGGCGUUGCAUUUUGCGAAUGUGAUUCUGGGUGGGCUGACCCUGAGUGCCGCACAGUCCGGAAAUCGCAGCUGAAGGCUUUCUUCCUGAGCCUCUUUGGUGGCUUCUUGGGCUUGGACCUUUUCUACAUGGGCUUCUGGCUGAGGGGCACUUUGAAGCUCUUGACACUUGGGGGCUUUGGACUGUGGUGGGCAUUUGACAUUGUGCGUGUGGGGGCUGCACCCACAUACGCGAAGCAGUUCAAGCUGAACAAUGACCUGCCUCAUUGGGUUUUCAUGCUUAUCAACGUCCUUCUUUUCGGCGGCGGUGGUUUGGCAUAUUCCAUGUCCUCGUACGCCAGGUUCAAUAAGAUGAAAAUGCGGGAGGGAGAAAAGACGCACGGCAGUGAUGAAAUCAUCAUGGACCGCUCAGAGGGAGGACAGGGUAUCAGGUUUGACAAGUCUGCUGUAGCUCAGGAAGGUGAGGAAGGCGUGUGCUUUGAGGGUUUGGCGGAUGAUUGGGUGCAGCAAUCUCAAAAGAUUUGCAGGCCAAAUCAGGUCAACUAUGAUACGCCACGUGAGACCUUGAUGAUAGUUAUGCAGAGGGAUGGUAACCAGCUUGGCUUUACAGCCCCUGCAAUGCGUGCAGACGAGGAGGUGGUGCGUGCAGCAGUUCGCCAAGAUGGUCAUGCCUUGCAAUUCGCAUGCCAAGAACUGCGAAAUAACGCAGACAUUGUCUUGGAAGCAGUGCGGCAGGAUGGGCAUGCACUUGUCUAUGCAUCGCCGGCCUUGAAGGCAAGAAAAGAGUUAGUCCUUGAGGCUGUGCAUCAGGACGGUCACUCCAUGGUCUUUGCAGAUGUUGCGCUUCGCGAAGACAGGGAUGUGGUUCUGGAGGCUGUCCAGCAGGAUGGCUACGCUUUGAGCUAUGCUUCUGCUGCACUUAGAGCCGAUAGAGAAGUUGUACUUGAGGCUGUACGAAGCACUGGCUAUGCUCUGCUGUUUGCGGAUGAGAAGUUCCGCGCAGACAAGGAGGUCAUGUUCGAAGCUGUCCAAAGUAACUGGCAAGCUUUGGGCUAUGCAUCACCAGAGCUCAGGAACGAUAGGGAUGUCGUGAAAGCGGCGGUGGCCACCAACAGGCAAGCCCUGGCAAUGGUCAGUGAAGAGCUCCGCAAGGAUCCUGCAAUCGUUCAGGAGGCUUUGCAGGCAGACGGCCAUGCUUUGGUUUAUUUGAACCAGACGCAGCAAGCUGACAAGGCGAUUGUCGCAGCUGCGAUCAAGCAGGAUGGUCAUGCAAUAUCCUAUGCAUCACAGGAGAUUCGCCGUGACUUGGACAUUGCUAUGCAGGCAGUUUCUGAGGAUGGAAUCACUUUGGGCUUGUUGCCACAGGAGGUGCAAGCGAACAAAUCAGUGGCGCUGCGAGCAAUUGAGAGCAACGUCAAGGCCUUUCAGAAUGUGUCGGAGGAGCUAAAGCGUGAUGAGGAUGUCCAGGAAGCCAUGUUGGCCUCGGAGCGAUACGCGCUCCUUCACUCCGUCAAGGUUGAUGGUUAUGCACUGCGCACCGCCUCCAAGCGAAUGCAAGCUGACAGGGAGAUUGUGCUGGCAGCAGUAAAACAGAAUGGAAAGGUUUUGGUCUUUGCCCCGGAGGAGUUGCGCAAGGACCGUGAGGUGGUUCUGGCUGCAGUUCGCCAGAAUGGUAAGGCUUUGGUCUUCGCCCACGAAACGUUGAAGAACGACAAAGAGGUGGUGAUGGAAGCAGUGGCCGAAGGGGGCCAUAUAGCGCUGUGGCAUGCUUCGGAGGAACUCCAGAAGGAUAAGGAAAUUCUGCUGGCUGUAAAGUGA